UCUCCGAGUUUGAUGCUGCAGCUGCUGUUUUCCUGAAGCACCGCACACCAGACCCCUCUUCUCUCAACCCCAGAACCGCACCACGGAGGGACUCCUCGCUGUACGUUGGUGUGAUCCGACGGCCGGCUGGAGGGGUUAGCUGCCCGUCAUCUCGGCGGCCUCUGGUUCGUGUCCGCCCGGCGGGCAGCGCUGUUACUACCGCGCUACUGAGCGGAGGAGGAGGAGAAGGAAGAGGAGGUUUUCCUGUAGCUCGGCGUUAGCUAGUAGUAGCUAGGAGGCUAGUGAUCGGUGGUUUUGAUGAGCAGUAGUGUCUAAGGUGUCGCCUUCAAAUUCCAACGUAGCACCGAAAAGCGACCUGACAUGCGACACAACGUCCGAUCUGAUUUACCGGAAUAGCGGACUUGACAUGCGCCGUAAAGUAAACUAGUGGAGCUAACGAGCUGAUUUACUAGCCGGGUUCUCGUAUUUGCCCUUUUCCUUCCUGCAUAGUUUUUGGUCAACGCUAUAACUAAUUAGACCCAGAUAGUUAGAGAGUAUAUAAGUGUUUGGACUGAGUCUUGCUCUUAUUGAAAUGGCUCCCAAGAGAAGACCGGUUCCCCUGAACAUUACGCCCAUCGGAGAGGGACAGGCCAUCUCCACGACCAUCGAUGCUGCAUCCGAGGCAAACUUUGAAGCCCUGCAGAAAAAACUGGGCGAGUUGGACCUGGAUGAACAGCAGAGGAAACGUCUGGAGGCCUUCCUGACGCAGAAGGCUCAGGUUGGAGAGCUGAAAGAUGAUGACUUUCACCCUAUCUGUGAGCUGGGUGCAGGAAAUGGAGGAGUGGUAAACAAAGUCCGCCACAGGCCCUCGAGUUUGGUCAUGGCUCGGAAGUUAAUCCACCUGGAGAUCAAACCUGCCAUCAGGAACCAGAUCAUCCGAGAGCUGCAGGUGCUUCACGAGUGUAACUCCCCGUACAUCGUGGGCUUCUACGGGGCCUUCUACAGCGAUGGAGAGAUCAGUAUCUGCAUGGAGCAUAUGGACGGCGGAUCCUUAGACCAGGUGCUGAAGGAAGCCAGGAGGAUUCCUGAAGAUAUCCUGGGCAAAGUCAGCAUAGCUGUAUUGAGAGGGCUGGCCUAUCUGAGGGAGAAGCACCAGAUCAUGCACAGAGGUGGGUCAAGCAUAAACACACUCUCGGGGUUCUGUCUCCAGGGCUCCUCCCCGCGGCUCCUUCGUUCUGGUUCCAACCACCGCGUUCGUCCCCGGAAGUCGUCGGCCUCUCGCAGGUCUCCGUGA